AUCAAAAUUCUUUGAAUCUUGCUUUGUCCUCUCUAAUUUUCCUUUUUGCAUGGCGAAUUCCAAUAUUGUAAUUAAGCAAGAAAUUUUGGAUGAUAAUAGAGGGUUUACGAAGAAGCCGCCGGAGAAAUCUUCACCGGCGCCUCAAUCGGUGUUUAUUGAUCUAAGUAGUAGUGAUGAUUCCGACUCCGAUUCCGACUCCGAUUCCGGUAGUCUUUCCGGUAAUGGUAGUAAUAGGCCGAAGAAGAAGAGGAAGAGUGUACAGGAUGUGAACUUCGCAUUGCCUUUGGGAUUUUUGGAUCCUUUGCCACCGCCUAAGGAACCUCCAUUGCAGUUACCGGCUCCGCCUAAUGGAAGUAAUAGGGAUUUAAGUGUUUCGGGGAGUAAUUGCAAGCAGUUUUGGAAGGCUGGAGAUUAUGAAGGGUCUCCUUCUGCUAGUUCAGGACUAAAAUCAGGUGGUAUAGAUCAUGUCCGAGUUCAUCCCAAAUUCCUACACUCCAAUGCCACAAGUCACAAGUGGGUACUUGGAGCUCUUGCUGAGCUUUUGGACAAUUCAUUGGAUGAGGUGUCCAAUGGAGCAACAUAUGUGAACAUUGAUAUGGUCAAAAACAAAAAGGAUGGGAGCAGAAUGCUUCUGAUUGAAGAUAAUGGUGGUGGGAUGGAUCCUGAGCGAAUGAGGCAUUGCAUGUCUCUGGGAUAUUCUGUGAAAAGCAAAAUGGCUGAUACUAUUGGGCAGUAUGGAAAUGGAUUCAAGACAAGUACCAUGAGACUUGGAGCUGAUGUGAUUGUUUUCUCUCGUUCUGGUGGGAAGCCAGGGAAAAGCCCCACCCAGAGCAUUGGAUUGCUGUCCUACACAUUCUUGCGAAACAAAGGAAUGGAAGACAUCAUUGUUCCCAUGCUUGACUACGAAAAAAGAGAAGGGUGGGACAAGAUAAUACGAUCAUCUCCUGGUGACUGGGAUAGAAAUCUUGAGACCAUAGUUGAGUGGUCCCCUUUUUCAAGUGAAGUUGAUCUUCUUAGACAGUUUAAUCCGAUGAAAGGUCAAGGCACUCGGAUUAUAGUGUACAAUUUGUGGGAGGAUGACCAAGGACUACUCGAGCUAGAUUUUGAUGCUGAUCCACAUGAUAUUCAAAUAAGAGGAGUCAACCGUGAUGAGAGGAGCAUACAGAUGGCCAAACAGUAUCCGAACUCUCGGCAUUUCUUGACAUAUAGACAUUCACUAAGGAGCUAUGCAUCAAUUCUAUACCUAAGAGUUGCUCCUGGCUUUCGGAUUAUUCUGCGGGGUAAAGAUGUUGAGCACCAUAACAUAGUAAAUGAUAUGAUGAUGACCCAAGAGGUCACGUAUCGCCCUAUGUCUGGCACGGAUGGAGUACCCAAAGAUUCCAAUAUGGUGGCUACUGUGAAAAUUGGGUUUGUAAAGGAUGCUAAAUCCCAUAUUGAUGUUCAAGGGUUUAAUGUGUAUCACAAAAAUAGACUUAUUAAGCCAUUUUGGAGGCUUUGGCAUGCUCCUGGAAGUGACGGGCGUGGAGUUAUAGGUGUAUUGGAAGCCAAUUUUGUUGAACCAGCACAUGACAAGCAAGGGUUUGAGCGUACGACAGUUCUUUCAAGACUUGAAGCACGAUUAGUGCAGAUGCAGAAAACUUACUGGUCAACUCUUUGUCACAAAAUUGGGUAUGCUCCUAGGCGGAAUAGGAAAGCUAUUGCACGAGAGAAUUCUCCUGAUUAUCCUCCUUCAGCAUCUCAAUCGAAACAUAAUAGUUCCGGAAAGUCAUCUGAGAAGAGCAAUGGUGUUGGGCAUCUUAAUGGCAAGCAUGAUGGCAAAACCAGAAGAUCUAGAAACAUACCAAGUUCUUUGGAGCCAUCAACUUCUGCCGAAGAUGACAGCGAUGAUAGUGUCCAAGUUGUCCUUCCAAAGAAUCAACCAGGUGGACAUCAGAAGCAUACUAAUGGAAAAGAUGGCUCUAGGGUUAUGCAUUCACCGCCAGGCUUUGGACAAAGAGUUGCUGAGCAAGUAUGUUCUCCUGGUGGAAGCCUCAAGCGAGUUACUAGAAGUUCAAGAUCAAAGGGAGAUGCUGAUGAGAAUGAGGGCAUGCUGCCAGAUAACCUCACGGAGUCUCUAGAGCAGUUAAAAGCAGAGAAUCGUGAGCUUAAAGAAAGGUUGCGGAGGAAAGAGGAAGAGAUUUUAGGUGAUCUGUUACGUGAUUUACAACUUGAAAGAGAGAGAUCCAAAUCACUUGAAGCUCAGCUGCAGGAGUCGACUAGAAAAAUAGAGGAACUUAACAAGGAGCAAGAAAGUUUAAUAGACAUAUUCACGGAGGAGAGACAACGCCGUGAUAUGGAGGAGGAGAACUUGAGAAAGAAGUUGAAGGAUGCAUCAAAUACUAUACAAGAGCUUCUUGACAAGGUGCAGGUUCUGGAGAAGACAAGGUCUGUCAAUCAUAGGUAGUUUAAAUCAUCUAGGGAACUCACAGUCUCUCUUGGUUGUCCAUGCUGUAUAUAUUAUGAGUGAGCCAUAGCACCAAAAUUCGUAGGAACGUUAUUUUGGUGCAGUGGUUUUAACCUAAUUGUGUUUCCACUGCUCUUGAGCUCCGGGCACACAGGCAUUGCUCAUUUCUUCUCGAAGCUUCUGUUGUCUUGCCUAGUAGGGUGGUUUAGGGUGAACCUCGAUUCCCUAUUAUCUUUAGAACCUGAAGCCUCUCAUCUUCUUAGCUUUGAGGUGUGCUAG